AUAAAAAAUGGAUAAUUUAGAAGCAAUGGAGACACCUAUUCAAGAAUUCUACAACAAUGACAAUUCGGACAAGAAUUAUGAUCAAAGUCAGUGCAAUUAUGAUCACAACUCCGAACAAACUUCUGAAGAAUUACGUGCAGGCUAUUUAGAUGAAUUCUACAAUUUUCCAGAUGCCAACACAUUUAUCCAACAAUUUCUUCAGGAUGCAGACAUGCCAGUCCAGUCUGAUGACAUUCAACCUACUGAAGCAGUAUUUCAACAACUUGAUAUUAUGGUCAGAGAACAAGUGGAUUCUGAGAUUGAAGUUUUUAAAGAAAAUAUCAACAAAAUAUUAAAUGAUCAACAGCUAUAUUUCAAACAAGCAUUUGGUUUACAAGAUUGCAUUGUAGCUAAUGAGCCAAUGCACGUUGUACCAAGUUCAGGACACGAAGAAGAAAUAGUAUCAGUUUCAGAUGAUUCUCGCAAUACUGUCGACCAAACAGAUUCAGGCGACAGCGNAUAUUUGGUUAUGUACAGUUCAAAUGGCAGAAUGUUUGCAUAG